AUGGGGUUUGUUUGCGAGGGUUGCAACUACUUUAUUGGCAAUACAUGCUUCUCUCUUCCAUCCAAGAUUCAACAUAUGUCUCAUCCUCACCACCCUCUCAAGUUAACUUGGUACGCGGACUUUCAAAAUGGGAAUCUCAAAUGCCCUGGUUGUCAAAACUACACAAAUGACAGUUCUGCACGGGCGUACUGUUGCACAGAAUGCAAUUUUUUUAUUGAUCGUUUUUGCGCUAGCGCUCCCAAGAUCUUGACAGUGGAAGAUGUCAGCUACAAGCUCUCUUAUUCAUUCCCAUUCAAACAUGAGAAGGCGGUUAUCAAAUGCAACCGUUGUUCUGACAAAGUUGUGACAAAAGAUAGUAUGUUAUACUAUAACUUGGAGCGCGAUGAGACUCUGCAUGUUUCUUGUGCCCUGAUUAAAGAGUCUGGAAUUGAUAGUGAGACGCGAAGCAAUUUAUCUGUUCAGCGCUUAAACGAACUCAGGAUAGCAGAUUAA